CCACCAACUGACGACCAACCGCGGACCAAAACGAGCUGCAAGCUCUCUUGGUGUGCUCAGCUCAGCUGUGCUCUGCUCCCUCCAAGAAUUCCUCCUUCUAUCUCAGUCCAGCGUCGUCUUCUUCCAAUUGUUAUCCCUCACCACUCUCCCCCCCAGCCGGAACGGUGGUUGAAGAGAGCGCCGUCUAUCCACUAAUGGCGGAGGAGACCGAGACAAAGCAGCUCUUCUCUCCGUCAGAUGUCUCGCUCCACACAUCCAGGAAGGAAUGCUGGGUCGUCAUCCAUGGAAAGGUGUACGAUGUGACCAAGUUCUUGGAGGACCACCCCGGUGGAGAGGACGUGCUGCUCCAUGUAUCCGCCUCUGGGGACGCCACAGAGGCAUUUGAAGAUGUCGGCCACAGUACAUCAGCCAUCAGCAUGAUGAGCAGUUACCUGAUUGGAAGCAUUGAGGGCUAUAUGCCUCCCAAAGCAUCUGAGCAUACGACAGUAGGUGGCAGUGAUGAGCCGCCAAAUUCGAGAACAACGCAAAGGAAUAAAGGCUCUCCUGCUCCAAACACAUUUCUGGACUUCGUGCUCCCUUUAUUUAUGCUUGGCCUGGCCAUUGCAGCUUGGUACUACCUAACCUUCGUGGCCAAGAGUUAGUAAAUUUGGUGAAGAUUCAUAUAAUUGCGCAUUGUGUAUGUUACUAUUGUCGCUGCUGCAGCGAUAUGUUUCAAGGAGAUAAACCUGGUCAUAUAAUCAUUUUGACCUGAUGGAGGUUUCUUGAUGUGGCUUGAAAGGACUAGGCAAAUUUCUCCCGAUA